GGACUCGUACCAUCAACCUACUAGAGUUGCACCCCUUGUAAUGUCGUUGCUAUAAGUCACACACAGUGCACAUAGUACAAUAAUAGGCUGUAGACAUCGCAAAAGAAACGAGCAGGGACUAUACAUUAACCAGUGUCGAGGGUUUUGACACUCAGAGAUAGCCUUCGCAUUAAAACCCUCAAAAUGGGAAGUGCCGCAGUGGAGAAGACGGAGGAAGAGCUCCGCAAAGAGAUCGAAGAGCUUCGUCGCCAACAAUGGGAGAUUACAGAGCGGCUUCGUGAUCCAAGGGGUCUCCGCCGAGGAGGCUUAUCCGGCUCUGGUCCUCGGAAUUUUAGCGCCAAUGGUGCUCGUCAACGAGGCUUUGUUAGACCUGCUGAAAGGACUGAACUAGAAGACCAACCCGCACAGAAAAGGAGGCUUUCUUCUGCUGUUGUUAAAGUUGAAGAUGGAGAGAUUACUGAGGAUGCUGUCGAGGUUGCGAAUAAUGCGAAAAAGGAUUCAACUGUGGAAGAUGGUGGGGGAAGCUUUGCUGCAAACCUGAGUGAGAGAAAACCAUCCAAUUGGUUAAGGAGGGAUACCAAUCCGAGGCAAUUCAAGACGGAAUUUGAAGAUCCUGUAUUGGAGCAUGUUCCGAGGGUAGUGCCGAAGGAUGAGGACCCGAGUUUGGUUAAUAGGAAUAAAAGAAUGCUGGGGCAGCUCUUGGGGACCUUGGAGAAAUUCCGGAAAGAGGACAUGCAACUUUCGGGCACAGAAGCAUUCAUGCGGAGGUCAAAUUCUUUACAGAGAGCUGAGCAAAGGGCACGUGAAGAAAGUGAAAAGUUGAGGCAACAGGAGCGUGAACAAAUUGCAGAAAAGCGGAGGAGAGAUUUGACUCUUAGAGCACGUGUUGCUGCUAAGGCAGAGGAAAAGAAGUUGGAAUUGCUAUUUCUUCAGUGGAUUGAGCACCAUAAAAAACUUGGCAAUUUUCUAAGGACUAAAGCAGAGCCUCCAAUAUAUUACUCGUUCGCCAAACCUAUGGAUAAAGAUGCAACCUUGGUUGAGGAGCAGAAGGAAAAGGCUUUUCAAGAAUGGAAGGCUGCUAGGAGAGAGGAGUUGUCUGAAUAUCAGAAGCAGAUCGGGGAGCAGUCUAUUGCCAAUGUUGAAAAGGAGCUCGAGAGGAGGCAAAAUGCAAGGAAAGUUAGGAAGCCAAACAAUGAUAUAUUGAACUUACAAGAGACGAUGGACAAAGAACUAGAGACCCAUAGGCUUGAGCAUGGCCCCAAGACACGGAAGCUUCCCAGUGGAAGCAACAAUGAAGACGAAGAGGAUGUGGAAGACAUCAAUGUUGGCGAUGAUGACAUGAUGGAUGAUGUGCUGGAUGUUGAUGAGAACAGCAGGAGAGGUGACGAAUCAGUGAAGCCAGAAGCAGGUAAUGGUAGUCCGCAUCCAGACAAUAUGGAUCAAUAGUGUUGAAGCCAUCCCAUCGCACUUCCUCUUUUGUCACUCCGGUAAAUCUGAUUUGUAUUCUGUAACUGUUGUUUACCUCUAGAACGGACUGUUUUGGUUAUUUAAUUACUUUUUCUUGCUUUUGUUUAUUGAAUGUUAUAUCGUUAUAAGUUUUUUCUUUAGAGGAUGUACUUAUUUUA